AGCGACGUCCCAGUGCGCGCCGCGGCGGCCCGGGUACCCUCCCCUUCCGGGCGUGAGGCGCUGUGAGAAGACCUGAACCGAGCAGACUCGAACCAGGAGCGAGGAGCCGCUACCGCCGCCCCAGCCCGGCCUCCUUCGGCUUCGGCGCUCCAGUCUUGGGGGCCCAGUUUCCUCAACACACCCAGCUCCAGCCAACCCCCAAGAGCCUGCUCCCAGCCCUUCGAAAGCCCCGGCGCCAGCCCGGGCUCUUGGCGGGGAGGAUGACGGAACUGCAGUCGGCGCUGCUACUGCGAAGACAGCUGGCAGAACUCAACAAAAAUCCAGUAGAAGGCUUUUCAGCAGGUUUAAUAGAUGACAAUGAUCUUUAUCGAUGGGAAGUCCUUAUUAUUGGUCCUCCAGAUACACUUUAUGAGGGUGGUGUUUUUAAGGCUCAUCUCACUUUCCCAAAAGAUUAUCCUCUUCGGCCUCCUAAAAUGAAAUUCAUUACAGAAAUCUGGCAUCCAAAUGUUGAUAAAAAUGGUGAUGUGUGCAUUUCUAUUCUUCAUGAGCCUGGGGAAGAUAAAUAUGGUUAUGAAAAGCCAGAGGAACGCUGGCUACCCAUCCACACCGUCGAAACCAUCAUGAUUAGUGUCAUUUCUAUGCUGGCAGACCCCAACGGAGACUCACCGGCUAAUGUUGAUGCUGCGAAAGAAUGGAGGGAAGACAGAAAUGGAGAAUUCAAAAGGAAAGUUGCCCGCUGUGUAAGAAAAAGCCAAGAGACUGCUUUUGAGUGACAUUUAUUCUGCAGCUAGUAACUUCACUUAUUUCAGGGUCUCCAAUUGAGAAACAUGGCACUGUUUUUCCUGCACUCUACCCACCUAUUGCUGGACUUCUGUUGUAACAAGUUGGCAAACACUGGCUGGAACUGGGCUGCAAUAAAACAUGCCAGUUAUCAAUGCUGACAAGAGCCUAACAAGUGCCAACUUACAGAUGAUUACGCAUUUUGAAUUCUAAUGAACUGUUUUAACCUUCAGGAAGAAUUGUAAAGACCUGUACAUAGCACAACAUGAUCCGGAUAAUAUAUAUACUGUUCAUGUACAUCCACAAAUACACCUUGUACCAAAUAAUGCUUUCUUGUAGUAGAGUAAGAAUCGUGUAAAUUCUAAAAGAUUUUAGCAGGUUUUCUUUCCCUAUUCAUUGUUUCUUAUCAGUUUUAAAGACUCCUUAAAGCAUGUCAGAUGAAAAGCAAUUAGGAUUAAAAGUUUCCAUUUAAUUUCCUUUUAAACCACUGAGGCUUCAUUAAAAUCUUUUCACUUACUAAA